AUGGCUCCCAAGGACGAGGAUGUCUACAAUGAUGCCUUGAAGGCCUCUGGCGACGAGGCCCUUGCCAAGGCGUUCCUGAAAGCCUUCAAGGAAUCCUCGACACUUAAGACGGAACCCUCGCUUAAUGAGAAGCAGCAGCUCUACGGUCUCUUUAAGCAGGCCCUCCAGAACCCGCCGUUCAGUGAGGUCAAGAAACCGUCGGUCUUGCAACCUUGGGAAAGCGGCAAGUGGAACGCUUGGAAGAAGGUUGUCGACGACGGAAUCACUCCCACAGAAGCGCAAAAGAAGUACAUCGAGCUUGUUGAAGAGCUCAAGGCCAAGUAUGGAACCAACUAA